AUGGUGUUUAUCUGUGCAAACCGCUUUUUUGGAUAUAUCGUUGAUCAUUAUGGAGGAAGAAGGACGACAUUGUUCGCUUCUUUUGCCGUGUUCAUGGGAUACUUUUUACUUGCCAUGACAUAUAACGGAACUCUUUCUAAUUCUUCAUUCUUAUUGUGUGCCUUAUACGUUUUCAUAUCAGGAAUGGCAUCAUCCGCGGGUUUGGUAUCAAGUCUUGUGACGAUCGCGAAAAAUGUUACGUCAUUUAGAGGGAUUGCAUUUGGAGCACCGAUGGCAUUAUUCGGAUUAACAGCAGCGAUAUACUCGGAAAUAGAUACAUUAUGGUUUAAAAAUGAUACUUAUCAUUUCUUACUUUUCAUUGCUACAAGUGCAGGGUUGUGUAUGUUUGUUGGCAGUUUGUUUUUAGUUGUCGUGCCUCCACCAAACGAUCAAGACAAAGUUAUUGUUGUUGAAGAAGGAGCCUCAUCUAAUACUUCCAACACUCCAAAACCUGAUAAACAAGAUGAUAAAAAUUCCGAGAGGUCACCAUUAUUACAAAAUAAAGCGAGAGAGGAGGAAAUCGACAUUGGUGGCUGGGAACUAUUUUAUAAUCGUGACGCUAAAGUAUUGGCUGUAUCAAUGUUUUGUGUCGCUGGUACAGGACUAAUGUAUAUUAAUAAUGUUGGAACGAUAAUUAAAUCUUUAUAUUAUAAUUCAACUCAUCCUCACUUUUCACCGGAAGAAAUUCAAAGAAUUCAAAAUCUACACGUGUUUUACCUUUCGGUUUUUUCAUGUUUAGGGAGAUUCACUUUUGGAUUCUUAUCAGAUUUGGCUAAAUUAUUAUUUAAAUUGCCUAGAUUAUGGUUUUUCAUGUUGUCCGGUGUUUGGUUGUUCUUUGGUCAAAUAUUAAUCUUAUUUUAUGCCAUUGAUUUGGAUAAAUUAUUCAUUGUUACAUUUUUCGUGGGAUUUGGAUUUGGUAAUAUAUAUGCUAUUACUCCUACAAUCGUUAGCGAAUGGUUUGGUAUUAAAAGAUUUGGGUUAAAUUGGGGAAUCAUUGCCUCUGUUCCAGCAUUUGGUGGACAAUUAUUUAAUUUGUUAUUCGGUUUGAAUUAUGAUCAACAUAAAGAUCAUUGUUCAGGAGCGCAUUGUUAUAACAACAUUUUUUAUCUUAGUGCAUUUGCUUGCUUGUUUAGUGCACUUUCUUCUUUGGGUUUAUUAUACGCUAAACAUAAAAAAUAUUAA